AUGUCCAGCGGCAACCCAACUCUAGAUGCAGCGCAGAAAGCGACUGGGAUGGAGCCUCUGAAUGCACAGCCAUCUGAACCACAACCACCACAGCACGGCGCAUACGUCAAAGAUCCCACCAUUGACACCGUGCCGCCAGCGCUGCAAGGUCUACAUCCACCAUUCGAGGCUUUCGUGCUGGCGUUGGACUCGACAGACAGCCGGAGCAAGAACAACCAGUCCGUGAAUCCAGCGACAUACCCUACCGAUAGCGAGUUCGAGAACCUGGUGAAGGCGGGACUGAAGCCGGAGGGACCGGUGCGGGCGGAAGCCAUUAAGCCGGAAGAUGUGGAGUGGCCUGAGGGCUACAGGGAAGUAGUGAAGCAUUUGGAGAGUGUUGGAGACGAGCGGAACAUCAAAGCGUAUAAGGUCGUAGAGGGCCGUAAGAAGGCGGAGAUGUUUGUGCUGGCUUUGGAUCUUGAUAACGAUCGCUUGGUGGGUGUACGAUUUCCUGCUUAG